AUGAUUCCAGGCGCGAGCUCUGGUAUCGGACGUGCGGCUGCACUGCUGUUCGCCAGGAACAAGUACCAGCUCUGCCUCACUGGCCGGAAUGAAACUGCACUGAAAGAAGUUGCUAAAGAAUGUGUUCAGCAAGGUAUCACUGAAAACGAUGUGAAUUCAGCUGGCAUUCUCAGAGCUGGCGAGGUGCUCAAUUCCGACAUCAGCGUAUACGAUGAACUGUUCAAUGUUAAUUUUCCUGGCGUAACUUACUACUGCAUGUCUAAAUCGGCCGUUGAUCAAUUCACAAAAUGUCUCGCGCUUGAAAUGGCACCGCAUGGAGUCAGGGUGAACGCCGUCAAUCCUGGAGUUACCGUAACCAAUCUCCACAGGCGAUCUGGUCAAGAUGAACAAACUUACGCCGCUUUCCUAGAAAAGAGCAAAACAACACAUGCUCUCGGCAGGCCUGGAGAUCCGAGAGAGGUCGCCGAAGCGAUUCUCUUUUUGGCUUCCGAGCGAAGUUCGUUCACGACUGGACAGUUGCUGAGAGUCGACGGAGCUUCAUCUGGUAUUGGAGCGGCAGUUGCUAGCCGACUAGCUCAAGAGGGUUACGCACUAUCGCUCAGCGGUAGAGAUGAAGACGCAUUGAAAAAGACCGUCAAGUUAUGCUUCGACACUGGAGCACCAGGUGCAAUCACUACUGUCGGCGAUUUAUGUGACGAGCAAACGCAGAAGCUCAUCGAUCAUACCAUAAAAGAAUUCCAGCGAAUUGAUACACUGAUUAACUGCGCCGGAAUUCUAACAUCUGGAAAUAUUAUAGACACUGAUAUUGAAGUGUACGAUCGCCAGAUGGAUGUGAAUUUCCCCGGUGUUUCGUAUUACUGCAUGUCUAAGGCGGCUAUUGACCAGUUCACAAAAUGUCUAGCCCUCGAAAUGGCGCCACAUGGAGUACGCGUUAAUGCAGUUAAUCCUGGUGUUAUCGUCACUGAGGUCCACAAACGAUCCGGUAUGAACGAUGCAGCCUAUGAAGGGUUCCUCGAGAGAAGCAAAACUACUCACGCCCUCGGACGUGUUGGUGAAGCAUCUGAAGUAGCUGAAGCUGUGUUGUUCCUCGCUUCAGAGAAGAGUUCAUUCACUACUGGCGAACUGUUGAAAGUAGAUGGCGGCAGAGGAAUUAUGCAUCCUCGUUGA